GCCGAUUUCUCGCCCUCUCGGUAUAUAACAGAUGUCCUGCGUGCACCAGCAUUCAUCACGUCCUCUGCACGUCUGGGUGACUCGUGACAGCCGAACUUCAGGAUGAUCAGGACCUUGUGUGUAGUGGCGACAGUCUUGGCCAUCGCCCAGGUGGGACUAUCGCAGCGGCCAGGACAGGCCGGAGGAAGCGGCUGGACCGUCGGACAAGGAGGCCAGAUGGGCGGUCAAAAUGGCCGUCCCGGAAGUGGCUCUGUGGGUGGGUCAACUGGGCAGGUUGCCGGACAAGGCAGCUACCCUGGCGGAAUGGGCGGUCAGACCGGUUUUCCUGGAAGCGGCUCUGUGGGCGGGUCAAAUGGCCAGGUUGGCGGACAAGGCGGCUACCCUGGCGGAAUGGGCGGUCAGACCGGUUUUCCUGGAAGCGGCUCUGUGGGCGGGUCAAAUGGCCAGGUUGGCGGACAAGGCGGAAACGCUGGUGGCCAGCAAGGAGGUCAAAUUUGGGGUCAGCAAAGCUGAAUCAAGUGAACUUUGGCAGAAGAUCAACUGGAUAAUUCACCCUACGCAUGAGAAC